AUGUUUGAGAAUAAUUCGAAACCACUGUCUUCAUCUUCACCAACAUCAGCAUUAUCUCCAGGAACCUGUGCUAGAGUUAAAAUUUCCUCGAAAAUGCCGUUUAUACCCUCUUCAACAGACGUUUGCAAUGGUUAUAUGAGACCCAGCAUCAUCGACCUGUCUAGAACGGAGAACUUUCUUUUACGGGAUGAGCUUGCGGACAUUGUCAAGACUGCCAAAACACAUGAUUCUCAGGUAUAUCUUUUGUGCAUAUAUAUAUUCGAUGGAUGCAUCAGUGCUUUAAACUUCGUUGUUGCUAACAUUGAGAUAGCAUCAUUUUUCCUCACACGAUGA